CAGAAAUGAAACUAAAGUUAUCUCAACGAAGCACUGUUGAAUUUUGUGCAGAAAACAAAACAGAAACAGCAAAGUUAUGGCCAGUGGCAGCAGUUCCUUAUGUGAAGAACAGUUUGAGUGUCCCAUUUGUACGGAUAUCUUCAGUAACCCAGUGUCUCUCCCAUGUGGACAUAACUUCUGUGAUGGUUGUAUCCGGCGGCACUGGGAAGGCAGAGAGGUGUGCAAAUGCCCACUCUGCAAACGAGAGUUCAACAGGUCCCUGAAACUCCAUGUAAACACUUUGUUCAGAGACAUUGUGGACAGUUAUAAACAGGAUUAUGUUGUAAGCGACAGUGAAAAGCCCAGCGGGGCAGAGGAUGUGCUGUGUGACUGCUGCCUUGAGUCCCGACGUAGAGCAGCUCAAACCUGCCUGGUGUGUCUGACGUCCUUCUGUAAGAAGCACCUGAAGCCUCACCUCAAAGUGUCCUCUUUAAAGACACACACACUCACUGAUCCUGUGCCAAACCUGCAGCAAAAGAUGUGCCCAAAGCACAACAGAAUUUUAGAAGAGACCAGCUGUGACCAGACCAAAGUUUGUGUGUUGUGUGCUAAUAAUGAGAAUCAGGCCCAGUCUGAAAAAGAUGUACAUUACAUAAAGAUAACAAACUCAAGGAAAACAAAGAAAACAAAAAAAAAAACAAGCAGCACCAAGAGUGAUAAAGACAGAGGACAUUGAUGAGACAGAGAGAUUAGAAAAUGCAUACAUUUGGCAUAAUAAUGUCCUGUACAGCUUUUCACCUCUACCUCCACACUGCGGCUUCUCCACUGGAAGAGUCUACUAUAAUGUCCCCAAUGUUGGUAACAGUAGCUACACAAUAGGAGUUGUUAAUAAAAAAAUGCGUGGGGAAAUGGUUUUCAGUACAAAAACACACAGGAAAUGGGUUGUAAGAUUCAAUAAUUUUAUGCAUUGUCCAGUGGACUGCCCCUUAACAAAAAUAAAGUUUCCUGACAGAGUUUUGGUGUGUGUAGAUUAUGAACAGGGGCUCAUGUUCAUCGUCCAUCCAUUGGAAGGGAUUGUUUUGUUUUGUAUGGAUAAAUGUAACUUCAAAGGAGAACUCUUCCUGUUUAUAUAUAGAAAUACAAAUGAACCAUUUGUGAACUAUGUACAAGGCUGGGUACCAUUUAAAAGCCCAUCAGAUUUCUUACUAGUUGCCAUAGUGUUUGUCAUGAUCAUUUUAUAUUACUUAAUUUUUGAGAAACAAUAGUUUUUCAAUAUAUAUUGUAUUAUUAUUAUUUUAUUAUAUUGUAUUUUACAAUAUAUUAUCAUGCAUAGCUUCUAUAGAAUCUAGAUUAUGACUGGGCAUAAAUUAACAUGUGAUCAGUUCAUUCAUUUACAGGUGUUCUGUUGUUCUGUCCUAGUACAAGGUGGUACAAAAAAUAAUAUUUUUUUAAAAGUAUUUAAUUUUACAUUUAUUUUUGUGUUGUGCUUUCAUAAAGCCUACCAUACAUCACUUUGGUGAUGUACUUUAUGAAAGCUACCAAAGUGAUGAAGUAUAAAGGGAGCAAAAUUCCAAACCCUCUGUGGUGUGUAGUGCUGUUUAACACAUUUGUUCUUGCUUGUCAUAUUAACAUUCAAUGUUUUUGUUAGGUGCAUUUUUUUUUUCUUUUGGUAUGAAAUUUUUAUAUGUAAUGUUAUUAUUAUGCUAUUAACAUUUUAUACUUAAUUAAAAAAACAACAACAAUGUGAUC